CUUCCCGCUUCUGUGCUCUGAAGUUAAUUUCUACCUCCUACGAUGCCAGUAACUUCACCGUAGACCAGAUCCGGGGACUUAUGGACAAGUCCACUAACAUCCGUAACAUGAGUGUCAUUGCUCAUGUCGACCACGGAAAGUCCACGCUCACGGACUCCCUGGUUUCCAAGGCGGGUAUUAUCGCUGGCGCAAAGGCGGGCGAAAUGCGGUUUACGGAUACAAGAGACGACGAAAAGGAGCGCGGUAUCACGAUCAAGUCCACGGCCAUCUCUAUGUACUUUGAGGUCGACAAGGAAGAUGUCUCCGCUAUCAAGCAGGAGACCGACGGCACUGAGUUCUUGAUCAACCUGAUCGAUUCCCCGGGGCACGUCGACUUUUCUUCGGAGGUCACGGCUGCGCUCCGUGUCACAGAUGGUGCCCUUGUCGUUGUCGACUGUGUGGAGGGUGUCUGCGUGCAGACGGAGACCGUGCUCCGUCAGGCGCUCACUGAGCGUAUCAAGCCUGUCGUCAUCAUCAACAAGGUCGACCGUGCCCUCCUUGAGUUGCAGGUCGACAAGGAGCAGCUCUUCCAGUCCUUCUGUCGUACCAUCGAAAGCGUCAACGUCAUCAUUUCGACGUACAACGACGCUGUGCUCGGUGAUGUCCAGGUCUACCCGGAGAAGGGUACCAUCGCCUUUGGUUCCGGUCUUCACGGAUGGGCCUUCACGCUCCGUCAGUUCGCCAGCCGUUACUCGAAGAAAUUCGGCGUUGACAAGGAGAAGAUGAUGGCUAAGCUCUGGGGUGACAACUACUUUAACCCUGCCACCCGCAAGUGGACGAGCAAGGGCACUGACAACGACGGCAAGCCCCUCGAGCGUGCGUUCAACAUGUUCGUCCUCGACCCCAUCUUUAAGAUAUUCGAUGCCGUCAUGAACUUCAAGAAGGACGCCAUCGGCCCGAUGCUCGAGAAGCUCGACGUCAAGCUCGCUCAGGACGAGCGAGACCUCGAGGGCAAGUCUCUCCUCAAGGUCGUCAUGCGCAAGUUCCUGCCCGCCGGUGACUCCCUCCUGGAGAUGAUAGUCAUCAACCUUCCCUCGCCCAAGACCGCCCAGCGCUACCGUGUGGAGACCCUCUACGAGGGCCCCAUGGACGACGAGUCCGCCAUCGGUAUUCGUGACUGUGACUCCAAAGGUCCCCUUGUCCUCUACAUCUCGAAAAUGGUGCCGACCUCCGACAAGGGUCGUUUCUACGCCUUCGGUCGUGUCUUCUCCGGUACCGUCCGUGCUGGCCCCAAGAUUCGUAUCCAGGGUCCCAACUACGUCCCGGGCAAGAAGGACGACCUAUUCAUCAAGUCAGUGCAGCGCACGGUUCUCAUGAUGGGUCGGUACAUCGAGCCGAUCGAGGACUGCCCGGCUGGUAACAUCGUCGGUCUCGUCGGUGUCGAUCAGUUCCUGCUCAAGAGCGGUACUCUCACUUCGUCGGAGACGGCGCACAACAUGAAGGUCAUGAAGUUCUCCGUGUCUCCUGUCGUGCAGGUCGCUGUCGAGGUCAAGAAUGCCGCUGACCUCCCCAAGCUCGUCGAGGGUCUCAAGCGUCUCUCGAAGUCCGACCCGUGUGUCCAGGCAUGGAUCAACGACACCGGUGAGCACAUUGUUGCCGGUGCCGGUGAGCUUCACUUGGAGAUUUGCUUGAAGGAUCUCCAAGAAGACCACGCUGGUGUGCCUCUCAAGAUCUCCGACCCCGUUGUUGGUUACAAGGAGACCGUUAAGGCCGAGUCCACGAUCGUCGCUCUCUCGAAGUCGCAGAACAAGCACAAUCGUCUCUACGCCAAGGCGAUGCCGAUCGACGAGGAGCUUUCGCUCGCCAUCGAGGCCGGCAAGAUCAACGCCCGUGACGACUACAAGAUCCGCGCGCGUAUCCUCGCGGACGAGUACGGCUGGGACGUCACCGAUGCGCGGAAGAUCUGGUGUUUCGGUCCCGAGACGACUGGCCCGAACGUGCUCGUCGAUGUUACGAAGGGUGUGCAGUACCUCAACGAAAUCAAGGACUCGUGCGUUGCGGCGUUCCAGUGGGCGACCAAGGAGGGUGUCUGUGCUGAGGAGAUCAUGCGUGGUGUCCGCUUCAACAUCCUCGAUGUGACGCUCCACACCGAUGCCAUUCACCGUGGUGGUGGACAGAUCAUCCCUACAUGUCGUCGUGUCUGCUACGCUGCCUGCCUGCUCGCGACGCCGGGUCUCCAGGAGCCCGUCUACGUUGUUGAGAUUCAGUGCCCUGAAAACGCCAUUGGCGGUAUCUACUCGGUACUCAACAAGCGUCGUGGCCAGGUCUUCAGCGAGGAGCAACGUGUUGGCACGCCGAUGUUCACGGUCAAGGCGUACUUGCCCGUCACGGAGUCGUUCGGCUUCAACGGCGAGCUCCGCGCACAUACCGGUGGCCAGGCCUUCCCCCAGGCCGUGUUCGACCACUGGGAGUUGAUGAACGGCUCGCCCCUCGAAAAGGGCAGCAAGCUCGAGGAGCUCGUCAGGGGUAUCCGUACACGCAAGGGUCUCAAGCCCGAUAUCCCGUCAUUGGACACGUAUUACGACAAGCUGUAAGGAGAGGAUGGUUACAACCCGCAGAAGCCAACGAAUGUCUCAUUACGCCUUCC